AGACAGUGGUGGUCCAUUUCAUAACCACCAGGCCGCCCCGACUAUCUCUCACCCCUCUCUGCACGACUUGAUGCGGCGGUUUCGGCCUGACAGAGGAGGGAUUCCGGAGCACGUUUUGAGCCACUCCAUCCGACAAAUUCCCCACCCCGUUUCCGUUGCGACAUUGCUCGUGCUCGCCUGACGCGACCCUCCGACCAGCCCGCCUACUCCCCCCCUCUCCUCCCCCUCCCGAUCGCUGCUAAAAGUGCUCAAUUUUAAGCGUUUUUUAGACGAUGCACGCUUGAGUCGUACUUAUCCUCCCUUGCCGGCCUCUGCAGUCCUUAAAGGGGCCGGGGGACGGGGAGGAAGGCUGGGAUCCGCGCGUCUGCCAUGCCGCUCGCCGCAGAGGAUCUGAGUCUCCUCGUGCUCGUGGUGGACGUUAACCCUUUCUUCUGGGCGCAGCGCCCGCCCUCCCUCCCCACCUUCCAUGACUUCCUCUCUCAGCUGCGUGUGUUCCUGAACGCGUACCUGCUGCUGCACAGCGCCAAUAAGGCUGCCGUCAUCGCCACCGGCUAUUCCUCCUGUGCGUUCGUGCAUCCCACUCCUCCUGUUGCCUCCUCCUCUUCCUCCUCCACCUCCGCCCCUCCUUCCACCUCCUCUCCUGCUGAAGACGCCAUUGCUCAGCUACUCAGCUUCGCAGCAGCAGAGGCAGAGAGGGCCAAGGGGGAGUCAUCAUCGUCAUCAGCAGCAGCAGCAGCGACAGUGGGAGGGGAGGGCAGCGGGAGAGAGGAUGGGAGUGGGGGGGCGGACAGAAUGGAAGGGGUGGAUGGGAAUGGGGCAGUGGAUGGGGAGAUGAGGGAUGGGGAGGGGAGAAGAGGAGGGGGGGCGGGUGGGGGAGGGGAGGAUGGAGAGAGGGGGGGGAAGGGGAUAGUGCGCGAGCAAGCGUCGCUGCUGUCAGGGUCGUUGUCCAUGGCGCUCGCAUACUGUGUGAAGGCUAGCAGCAAGGGGUCAUCAGCUCCCAGACCAAGAAUACUCUGCAUCCAUGGCUCACCUGAUGCAGCUCAACAGUUACGUGCCUCUUCCUCCCAUCUCUUCCUCCUCUCUUUUCCUAAUCCAACCAUCCAUCCUUCCAUCCACCAUGCCACAUCACAUCCUGCCAUCUAAGAGCAGAGCACCUUCUGGUCUGGGGGGUGUGUGCCGUGGAUGCAUCCCGCAAGUAUCAACGGACGUUUGAGUCAUCUUAUUAGAGCAGAGCACCUUCUGGUUUGGGGGGUGUGUGCCGUGGAUGCAUCCCGCAAGUAUCAACGGACGUUUGAGUCAUCUUAUUAGAGCAGAGCACCUUCUGGUCUGGGGGGUGUGUGCCGUGGAUGCAUCCCGCAAGUAUCAACGGACGUUUGAGUCAUCUUAUUAGAGCAGAGCACCUUCUGGUCUGGGGGGUGUGUGCCGUGGAUGCAUCCCGCAAGUAUCAACGGACGUUUGAGUCAUCUUAUUAGAGCAGAGCACCUUCUGGUCUGGGGGGUGUGUGCCGUGGAUGCAUCCCGCAAGUAUCAACGGACGUUUGAGUCAUCUUAUUAGAGCAGAGCACCUUCUGGUCUGGGGGGUGUGUGCCGUGGAUGCAUCCCGCAAGUAUUGGCGGUCCAUGCUGGCCCGUCAGGUGCAACGCAGCCAGGCAUGUGGUUCCUCCAACUCAUAAUUCAAUCACAGCCCAUUUUUAUCCAAGCAAAAGGCGUCCCCUGAUCAAUCCCAUACUCCACCCAUUUCUCCUGCUCGCCUACCUCAAAUCCCCCUCCCCA